AUGACUUGUACAAGACCAGAUAUUGCAUAUGCUGUUGGGAAAUUGAGUAGGUACACAAGUAAUCCAAGUAGUUUGCAUUGGCAAGCUUUGAAUAGAGUACUUAGGUACUUAAAGAAAACUAUUAACUAUGGAUUGUGUUAUAAUGGAUAUCCUCUAGUUUUAGAAGGGUAUUCGGAUGCUAGUUGGAUUACAAGUUUGGAAUAUCAUGCAUCUACUAGUGGAUGGAUUUUCAUUCUUGAUGGAGGAGCCAUUUCUUGGGGUUCCAAGAAACAAACAUGUAUUACUGAUUCCACCAUGGCUGUAGAAUUUAUUACAUUAGCCGCUGCAUCUAAAGAAGCAGAAUGCUUAAGAAAUUUGCUUUAUGAUAUACCUUUAUGGCCUUAG